UGGAGGAUGCUUCGCGCGGGCGAGCGGGCUGCCGCUCUCAGCACGCGCACGGUCUGUCCCAGGUGACCCCUCGGGAGAGAAUGGCCCACAGGGGAGGCGGCACACGGAUGGCCUGGCUGCCCAUCCUGGUGGCGUCCCUGGCAUGCUGGGCCGGAGCGGAGGACCCCACCUGCGGCGAGAACGAGUUCUACAACCAGACCGCGGGUCUGUGCCACGAGUGUCCCCCGUGCGGCCCGGGGGAGGAGCCCUACCUGUCCUGCGGCUACGGCACCAGAGACGAGGACUACGGCUGCGUCCCCUGCCCCGCGGAGAAGUUCUCCAAGGGCGGCUACCAGAUCUGCCGGCGCCACAAGGACUGCGAGGGCUUCUUCCGGGCCACGGUGCUGACGCCGGGGGACACGGAGCACGACGCCGAGUGUGGGCCCUGCCUGCCCGGCUACUACAUGUUGGAGAACAGGCCUCGGAACAUCUACGGCAUGGUCUGCUACUCCUGCCUGCUGGCGCCCCCCAACACCAAGGAAUGUGUGGGAGCCGUCUCGGGAGUCUCUGCCAGCGUCCUGCGCACGCCCGGCAGUAGCACCCUGUCCCCGUCCCAGCUCGCCCACAAAGAGCUCUCGGGCCAAGGACACCUGGCCACGGCCCUGGUCAUCGCUAUGUCCACCAUCUUCACCAUGGCCGUCGCCCUCGUCCUCAUCAUCAUGUUCUACAUCCUGAAGGCCAGGCCUCCCGCCCCAGCCUGCUGCCCCAGCGCCCCCGUGAAGAGCCCAGAAGCCCCCGUGAGCGAGGAGGAGGAGAAGAAAGAGGCCCCAGACAGCGUGGUGAUGUUCUCCGAGCAGGACGAAUUCGAGAAGCUGACGGCAGCUCCGGCGAAGUCAGCCAAGAGUGAGAACGACGCCUCGUCGGAGAAGGAGCAGCUGCUGAACCGGAGCCUGGACAGCGACGACGGGCAGGGCCCCCCGGAGCUGUGCCUGCUGUCGCUGGUGCACCUGGCCAGGGAGAAGGCGGCCACCGCCACCAAGGCGGCCGGGGUUCAGAGUCGAAGGAAGAAAAUACUGGACGUGUAUGCCAACGUGUGUGGCGUCGUGGAAGGCCUCAGCCCCACGGAGCUGCCGUUCGACUGCCUGGAGAAGACCAGCCGGAUGCUCAGCGCCACGUACAACUCGGAGAAGGCCGUGGUGAAGACGUGGCGCCACCUGGCCGAGAGCUUCGGGCUCAAGCGGGACGAGAUCGGGGGCAUGACGGACGGCCUGCAGCUCUUUGACCGCAUCAGCACGGCCGGCUACAGCAUCCCGGAGCUGCUCACCAAGCUGGUGCAGAUCGAGCGGCUGGACGCCGUGGAGUCCCUGUGCGCAGACAUCCUGGAGUGGGCGGGCAUCCCGCCGCCCGCCGCCCUGCCGCCCCCCGUGUCCUGAGCGGGGCCCGCGGACCCCGUGGCUGGGCGGUCUCCUGCGCACCAGGGACGCCUUGCUGGUCUGAGGAACAGGAGGAAACAGGCCCGUCUCCCGGUCUAACCAAAGACAGAAAUCCACGUGGACACGCCGGCCCGCCGGCCUCGCCAGCCUCGCCAGCCUCGCCAGCCCCAGCGAGUCUGCGCAUCCGUGCGGCCUGCCCGCCACUCCCUCCUCCACGGACACGGUCGGCGCCACCCGUGUGCACCAGCAGUGCCGGGAGGACAAACGUGAAGCCUCUGGUCCCUGGCUGCGGGGAGUUCACAGCCCGGGAGAGACAGACGUUCGCCUGGAAGACGGCACACAACCCGAGGGGGGAGCGCUUCCUCUGGGAGAUGAAGCAGGUGGGCGGGUGUCCCCACGAGGAACACAGCUCCAAGGCUGGGAAAGCUGCAAGAGGCAGGCCCUGUGCCACGCCCUCCUGCUCCAGGCUCAGCGUGGGUCUGAAUCACCCAUGUGGCCCUGGGGUCACUGUCUCCCUGCGGCCCUUCCAGUCACACGGAAGCCUCUGCCACCUGCCCCACGCGCUGGUCCGCGGGGCGUCCGGUCAAGGGCUGCCACAGCCGACCUCGCCGCUGCGCGAGUCCAGCCUGGGGGCCAGGGGUCCCUGCACCGCUUCCCGCUCUCAUCCGCACUCGGAUGGCACCCUCUGCGGCCGCAGUGCUCAGGGACACAGGCCACUGGCUUCAAACAGAAACACGUGGUCGGCUCUGCUUGGAAAAGGAAAUCACGACUUCCUGAGAGGCCAGCUGCGUAACCCCAGGUUUCCUCGUGACGCCUUCUGAGCCCGUCACGGAACGUGGGCCUGCAGCCACGGAGCACCUAGGCUCGGGGUCCGGGGACCUGGUCUGCUCGUGCCAACGUGGGCCAUUGUCUUCCCCUCCCAAGCCUCAGUUUCUGUUCUGCAAAUAAGAGGUUAGUCUGUGAUUCUGCAUCUGGGAAAAUGAAGUUCAAGUGAGCAACAAUGAGGUGGGGCUGGAGGAGAUGCCAGGCCUUCCAUGGGUGUGAGCACAGCGUGAAUCACCGAGUGAAAUGCGGAUACCAACUCUCAGAACAAGUGUUCUCCCAGUAACUACAGUGUUUGGCAGACGCUGGGAGAGCAAGUUAGUAGACAGGCCUUCUUGGCAGAUUCUCUCACUACACCUGCUGUCGCCGGGAACCGGGCAGAGACCACACCAGGGGGUUAAUUUUGAGUUCACUGCUCAGCCCCCAGGGACAGGUCUGAUCCUGGUUGUUCCUAAAUUAAAACCAGUCUCGGGUUUAUGUUUAUAAAAUUACAAGUCACAUGACUGAGCAAAUGCUUUUGGGGAGGAAGUCAGUCGUAUGCUUAAAGCAACCAGCGAGUUCCCACCAGUGAACGUGGAACACACUGUGACAGGAUCACAGUUAGGCCCUGAAUGUUUAGUAUCGUCAUGUGCUGCGUCUGUCUGCUGCUGUUCUUCAGAACCUACUUGAUGUAUCCUGCAGGCUGCGUUCUCCACAGCACAACCUAAGUAUCCUUCUCAUUCCUCCGUGGACCCUUGGUGCCCCCUUCCCUGCUCUGUGAUGAUGGUGAUGAGGCCCCCCCCCCCUCGGCGAGGCUGCAAACGUCAGGGGAGGAGCAGGGGCGGCCUCGGUUCACUCGGUUCUCGGUUCUCGCUGGGCCAGAGGUCCAGCGGCACUGGGCCUGUUUCGUUGGCUCAACCUGCCAUUUCUAGGGCGUUCAUCCUCUCAGAGCGACACGAUCCCUUGUCAUUUGCUUCUCUGGAAACAAAUCCAAGAACAGGUUACUCUGGUGAGCUUUAGCCUACGUGGUGGGAUUCAGAUCAAUGAGACCCCAAGAAUGAUCACUGAGCAAGGCUGGGGCUCCACUGCCAGUCUGUACGGAGAUGGCCGCCACUUCUGCUGGAAUAAAAACACUUAGAGCACACCCAGGCCGGAGCAGUGGCCCUUGGCCAGUGAAGUCUUAGUCAUCAGUAUUUGCGUCUAACUCUGUACAUGUCGCUUAUUUUACAAGUUCAGUAAACAAACCAAUACAAAGGAGAGUCCUGACUGCUCCAGGGAGCCCUCUCGGGGGUGGAGUCGGGUCUGGUCCCUCUGCUCCUGGCUGGCGCCUGUGUGAGAGGCCGGGCGGGGGUCCCAGCCGGCCCUGU